CCUGAACUUCUCUUCCUGUUUUGCAUCUUCGCCGAGCAAGAGGGGUUGCUGCUCGCCUCUGUCCCUACCACAGGCGAUUCUCCGACGCCGGUGCUCGACAAUGCCCUCACAAUCAUCCAUUUCUUGAAUCAGAUUAGGCUCCGAUCAUGGGGAAGAAGAUGCUCCUUUUUGCGUUUUCGUCGAUUUUUAUUUUGUUCGUGGACGCUGCUUUGCAAUAUGAUGCUUACCGAGAGAUUUGUGCGGGUGCGGAGAAGGUAGUGUUGGGUGAGACCAAAAGGAUAAUUUUCGAACACGAGAACGCAACUGCGCAACUGCUGCGGCUUCUAUUCCACGACUGUUUUGUAGAGGGCUGUGAUGCCUCUGUGUUGCUAGAUGAUAGCAAUGCAACGGCAAAUCAAUCCACAGAGAGAUGCGCCUUGCCAAACAAAACCCUGAGAGGGUUCAACCAUAUCGAUCAAAUAAAGGAAGUGGUUGAGAACGAAUGCCCUGGAGUUGUUUCUUGUGCUGAUAUUCUCGCACUUGCAACCCGUGAUGCGAUUGCUUUGCUUGGAGGACCGUAUUUCCCGGUUUUGACAGGAAGAAAAGACAGCAACCAUUCAUUGUACGAUAAAGCUCUAGAAGGAAUUCCCCGACCCGACAGCAGUAUAUCGGAAACGCUUCUUCUCUUUGCUCAACAUGGAUUCAACGCAAGGGAGACCGUCGCUCUAUUGGGCGGCCACAGCAUAGGAAGAAUUGGCUGCGAGUUCAUCCAGUCGAGGCUCAACAGGACGGAUGGAUCUGUCCCUCUCGAUUUCCAACACGAGAUAAAAAAGAAGUGCCAAGAAAAAGACGGGACUGGCAGCGUAAGCAUCUUAGACCUCAGAGGAAAAGCUCGGAUCCUGACCGAAGAAGAAGGUAUGCAGUGCUACCAGGGACUAAAUGCCGUAGAGAAUCCCCAAGGAGGAGGCGGAUUCGACGGCCAUUACUAUCAGGCCUUGAAAGUAGGAAGAGGCCUUCUUACAGCCGAUCAGGAACUGAUGGCAAACGAGGAGACAGCUAAAGCUGUCUUGGACUACGCCGAUGAUGCGAAGCUGUUCAGGAUCAAAUUCGCUGUUGCCAUGAUCAAACUUUCCAACCUGAACGUCCGUGUAGGGUCGGAUGGAGAGGUGCGGCGCCACUGCUCUAUUGUGAAUUCUUUGUUUUUCUCUUCUUCUUCGUCGUCUUGGUUUUCGUCUUCGUCUUCGCCUUCGCCUUCUCCUUCUUCUUCUUCUUCUUCGUAGAAGGCUGCUGCUUGGACAAAUAUUUGCAGGCUUGCAAGAACUCAACAGGUUAGUGUAACUUCAUAAUUAUUGCUUUGCACCCUUAAUUCUUACACGGAUCAAAAAGCCAUUUUGAUGCUUUUGAGGGCUAAUUAGACAUGAAUAUUUGUUUGUUCUUUUUUCAUGAAAGAGUUGUGUUCGUUAUAUGAAAUGUGAAGUUCUGAAUGCAUUUUUUGACUGCUUCCUUUUUAACAUUCAGGAAUGAUUUAUUUAGUAAAAAAAAUACCCUUUUUUUUUUUUACUAGGAAUUUUUUUUAUCGAUUUUUUUAAGAAAAUAAAUUUAUGUCCGAUGAGGAAAGAAUUAUUGAUUUAUGACUCCCUAUAUUAUAUUACUCUGUCGACCAUUGUAAAGGUAUCUGUUGUGUUUGUAAGUUGUAAAGUCAGGAAAUCAACAAAACAAAUAACAUCAAACAUAAAAUGUUAGCCUUUGUAGAUCAAAUGGCCAGGCAGCUGGGAGGCUACUAUCUGAGUUUGAUCUUGAGUGGGUGCAUGAAAAUACAAGCAGCCUCAAAAUACACGAUACC